AUGCCGGCCGUGACUAUGCCGGAUAUCCCAUCUGCAAUGCACCCUCUCUGGGACGUGAUUUCGGAGGAGUGCAGUGCCUCAUGCCUCACACUUCUCGAGCCGCACGUUGGAGUCUUUGUGCGGACCGCAGACAUUGCGGGACAGCAGGGCAUGGAGAAGUUGCGCGCCUUUCUUCGCUGCUUGGGUGGAUUGCACAACCGCGCUGAGCAUGCAGAACGUGCAGCGCGUCACUGGCAGAGUUUAUGGGAAGAGUCUUUUCGCAAGAUCUUGGACGUGCGCCGGACAGCAGACAGUUCCAGUCUUGGCCAUGAAGUGCAGGUUUCUGAUCUUCUCACAGCCCUGAGCAGCACCAACCGCGAGCGACAGAGACUGGCCAAAGAGCUGGAGAGCAUGCAGCGAACCUUCCAGUCCGCGACGGACACACAACUUUGGCAUCGAUACGGCCAAGAGCUCCAACUCAGGCAGCUGUGGGGUGCUACUUCCGAGCAGUUCAGUCACUGUGCGAUGCUUCAGCGGCAGCUGGCUGCCGAAGCGGCCGUCACCAAGCAGCUCCGCAGGGAGCUUCUUGAGGCGCAGCAAAACCACAGCAUGGCCGAAGCCAAGCAUGGCGAUGCGGACGCACGUGCCAAAGAAGCCGAGCGCUACGCACAAGGAGCAAAGGACUUUGUCCACAAGCAGGUCGACGAUGCACUGAACUCGCAGUGGAACCAGUUCCAGGAAGAGCUGGAGUUGGAAAGGAAGGGCUGGCGGAAGGAUGCGGCCGAAGCUAUUCCAUUGCCCUUGGCAAGAGAGGUGCUGGCUGCCUACUCGGACCUUUGGCGCUGCACCUCUGGCCAGGUCCCUGGCCGGCACAGAGCCCAGGCGGAACGAGCAUUGAGGCGUCUUCGGGAUCUUGAUGCCUACGCCGUGCUGCUUCCGCCCCAGGAUGAGAUACUGCAGGAGCCUCUGCGGCGGGCGGUCGGUGAGGCCGACGCAAAAAGUAUGGCAGAGGCCCUGGUGGAAGAGCUGCAGCAGUGUCACACGCCUGCUCAAAAGUCGAAGAACGACUUGAGCGGCUGGGGCGCAACAUCGACGAAAAGCUCGCACCCGCGAAGUCACGUGCCACUGCGUGCCCGGACAAUGAUUAUGGCCUCCGAGAAUCGGCCGGGGCUGCCCGAGUCCGUGGAUCUCCGCGGCUGCAACGGCCUCGAAGUCCUUGCUGUCAAGCUCGCCCUGUGUUCUGAGAACCAUCACCGUGAUGAGCGACACGAACAUCGUGCCUCUACUUGCGAUUUACAACCUCACCAAAGCCGCGUCAAGGUCCUCUACAACGGAGAAGUUCAAAAGGUGGGAGGAACUGGUGGCAAGAUUCACACCAUCUCCAGAGUUGGCCUCUCAGAGCAAGUUGUUGCUCGGAGAUUGAAUCGCGCAUGA